UCGGGGCCGCGCCCAGCCCGUAUCGGAACUCGUGGACACGCGCGGCAGGUAAACCACAGGUGUGUUGUUUCGCAGUUUGAAGGAGACUCGCUACGACCGCACAACCGUGGAGGAAGCUCGGAAGAAAAGUCGAGCGAAGGCAUCACUGUUGAGGACGUGCGAGAAAAUGAAACUUGUCAGAUCUUAGAGGAGGAACAGAGUUUGUUCUCGCCUCAUCUGCUUUCUUUUCUUUUUUUCUUCGAUUUUGAAAUUGGAUGGAGUGAUUGAAUCUCAACGACGUGGAUAUUCACAUUAGUUGGGCUUGCUGUGUGGGGAUUGUUCAAAAUGGAUUUGAGCAUUACCACACGGAGAGGAGUUUUAUUUAUUACCUUCUCACUUUUAAGUCUUCUACAUGGCUCCAGAGGAGAAAUCCCUCCCAAACCGACCGGCAGUGUCACGAUUGUGCCCCCAGUUAAGCCCGAUGGUGUCCCCCAGGCUUACCCCGACGCAGGAAAGGCAAAUUUACCAGUCUUUACAAUGGAUUAUCCAAGAAUACAAAUACCCUUUGAGAUCACUCUUUGGGUUCUGCUGGCCUCAUUCGCAAAGAUUGGUUUCCAUGUGUACCACAAGAUCACCAUCUGGGUGCCGGAGUCGUGCCUUCUGAUCAGCAUUGGUCUGAUCGUGGGUGGCAUCAUGCACUCUGUCCAUGAGAAGCCCCCCGCUGUGCUCUCCAGCAAUGUCUUCUUCCUCUACAUGCUGCCGCCGAUUGUCCUCGACUCGGGCUACUUCAUGCCCACCAGGCCUUUCUUUGAGAACAUUGGCACGGUAUUGUGGUUUGCAGUGGUGGGGACUCUGUGGAACAGCAUCGGUAUAGGCAUGUCUCUGUUUGCCAUAUGCCAGAUUGAGGCUUUUGGUGUGCAGGACAUCAACCUCCAGGAGAACCUGUUGUUUGCCACCAUCAUCUCGGCCGUGGACCCCGUGGCUGUGCUGAGCGUGUUUGAGGAUGUGUCUGUGAACGAGCAGCUCUAUAUUGUGGUGUUUGGGGAAUGCCUCUUCAAUGACGCUGUCACUGUGGUGUUGUACAACAUGUUCAGCUUUGUGGCGAACAUGCCAGUGGUGGAGCCAGUGGAUGUUUUCCUGGGGGUGGCGAGGUUCUUCGUGGUCGGGCUCGGCGGGAUGGGCUUUGGCAUUCUGUUUGGCUUCGUGGCCGCCUUCACCACGAGAUUCACCUCCAAGGUCAGAGAAAUCGAGCCGCUCUUCAUAUUCAUGUACAGCUACCUGGCCUAUCUGGUGGCCGAGCUCUUCGCUAUCUCAUCCAUCAUGGCCAUUGUUACCUGUGCCCUCACCAUGAAAUACUACGUGGAGGAAAAUGUUUCCCAGCGUUCCUGCACAACCAUUCGCCACGUGGUCAAGAUGCUUGGCUCCAUCUCUGAGACCCUCAUCUUCUUCUUUCUCGGGGUGGUCACAAUAACAACAGAACACGAGUGGAACUGGGGCUACAUCCUGUCCACACUGCUGUUUGCCUUUGUAUGGAGAGGUCUGGGUGUCUUGGUGCUGACCCAGAUCAUUAACCCUUUCCGCACCAUCCCAUUCAACUUGAAAGAUCAAUUUGGUCUGGCCUACGGUGGUCUGCGAGGUGCAGUUUCAUUUGCCUUGGCCUUCACUCUCCCCGAUGACAUCGGUCGCAAGCAGCUCUUUGUCACGGCCACCAUUGCCAUUAUCCUCUUCACUGUGUUUCUUCAGGGCAUCAGUAUCCGACCUCUGAUUGAGUUCAUCAAUGUCCGCAGAACCAACCGCAAUCUUGACACCAUCAACGCAGAGAUCCACUGCAGGCUCAUGGAACACACCAUAGCGGGCAUAGAGGACCUGUGUGGACAGUGGAGCCACUUCUACUGGAAGGACAAGUUUAUGAAAUUCAACAAUCGAAUCCUGCGUAGGAUCCUGAUCCGAGACAGCCGGGCUGAGUCCAGUAUUGUGGCAUUGUACAAGAAGCUAGAGCUGCAGAAUGCCAUGGAGAUCCUGGACACUGUGUCGGGAGACAUCAGUGCCGCUCCGUCCAUCGUCUCUCUCUAUGAGGAGAAGAAAAACUCUGCUAAACCUAAGAAGAAGUUCCUGGCUACUGACCUGAAGAACAUGCAUGAAAUCCUGUCCAAGAACAUGUACAAGAUCAGGCAACGGACGGUGGCAUACACGAGCAAGCAUGCCCUGCCCAACGACAGCCACACCAAAGAGAUACUGAUCAGACGCCAUGCCAGCAUCCGCCGCAGCCUCCGACCCGGCAGCUUCCAGACAUCGGUGGUGCCCAGAUCUUAUAAGUACUUCUCUCUUCCUGCUGGGAAGAGUCUGGACUCAAAAUUAUUUCCACCUAAGAGACUAAGCUGUGCAGAUGAUCAGGAAACCAUGUCCGAGGUGGCGUACCCCUCAAGACGCUCUAGGUUUGGCCAGCCAGCACGCUCCUCCUCCAGAGCCAUGAUGCCGCUACGGAGGCUAGAUACCCUAAAAGAAGUACCCUCUGUCGAUGUUCUGAAUGAAGGCGGGGGUGAGAGUGGCAGGAUGGGGCAUGGCAUGUCCAGAACAAACUCCUCCUACAGUGAUCGUGUGCCUGCUCCUCGCCGUCACUUCAGCUCAUCUACUGACAAUGACAACAGAUCAGCUGAUAACUUUAGAAAUGUGCAUCAUCAGGAGGAGGAGGAGGAGGAGGAGGAGGAGCAGCAGCAGCAGCAGACUUCGUCUCCAUCUCCAGCCUGGGCUGCUGAACCCAGAGACAACGUGACACAAAACCCUCUGCUCAGGCGGCCUCAGUGGAACCCGAAGAAGAUGUAAAAGUGUUCCUGGGCUUUCAGCAGCAGCUGGACUGCAAAAGACUGAGUCUUGGGAUCUCAAGCAGCUCCAGGGCCUCUAAUUAUAACUGUUUAUUCAUACCAUGUAAAGGUUGAGUAAAAUGACAGUGGAGAUCCAUCCAUUUCUUAACAGUUGAACCAACCUUCAACAUGAGCCAAAAUGGACAGAGGUCAGAGGUCUCAUGCACAUCAGAAGCACAGUGCACUAUAGAGGAGGAACUGUGUAUGAACUGUUAACAGUGAGUCAUUCUGCCAAUUUUUGUCUGUGUAGAUAUUUCAACACAUUAAUGUGAUUUUAAAUACUUAUCUUCCCGUAGAAUUUUUAAAUAUUUAAAGGCGAUGCAAGUUAAAGUGUUUUAUUGUGGCUAGUUAUUUCUUUGCUAUUUACAUGUAAAUAUAGUAUUUUUUUGUAUUUUUAUUGCCUGUUGUAACAGCUGUAUGAUUGGGGAUACAAAAUUUGUAACUAGGCCAUUUUAGUUGAACAUGAGGAACUAUUGCUGUGCAGUACAAAGUACACUUGGGAGUAACUGGGGGCAUUUCAUAUGUCUGCUAUGCUAAUGGAUCCCACAAAUCCAGGUUCACUUCGUUAUCGUUGUCUGUUCAUGUAAUAAAUUUUCUAAGCUGCAGAAAGCAGUUUUCAAGCA